AUGGAAACUCGAGGACAGCGGCAAGGAUCCAAUCGAAUCGUACACGAUGGUUUCACAUUUCAUUUAGAUUCCAGAUAUUCGACAAAAGUAAGGAAACGGUACCUUUGUUCCUCGCGAAUCACCGUGAAUCGCUGUCGCGUCAAAUUAUGGAAAAACGCGGAUGGUAGACUUCAAGUAGAUGGUAUCCAUAAUCAUCUCAUACCAGAAAUUCUGAACCGCGAGCCAGUGAUCCGAGAAUUACAGAACAACGCUUUAUUAACGGACUUAUUUCCAAACGAAAUAAUAAAUAAUGUUUCAAGAAACUUGCCAAACGCAGGUAAUAUUCGAUCCCACGCAUCACGACAAGUAAUUCAUCGGCAACGACGUCGUCAUCGUCCUCCACUUCCUCAAAAUUUUGUUCAUCUGGGUCCAAUGCUAACAGCUUAUCGUCGGAUUUCAAAUAUUUAUCAACAGGAAGUCAUUGCUGAUGAUGGAUCAAUUGCUCAAAUUUUUGGGAGCAAUAACAUGUUAAAAAGACUUGGAGAAAGCAAUGAGUGGCACAUAGACGGCACUUUUCAGUGUGUGCCUCUACGCCCGCGUGCUUCGCAACUUCUCAUUAUCCAUGUACGUCGAAUGGAUGUGGGAAUUCCUAUCUUAUAUGUUUUAUGCAGUCGUCGUACAACAAAAAUGUACGAGUCAAUAUUUCGCUGGAUUUUAUUUGAAGUACCGGUAAUUCAACAAAAUCUUCAAACAGUCGUAACGGACUUCGAAGCCGCGAUUUUAAAAUCCAUACAAUCAUGCAUGCCGUGGGUCCAUCGGAGAGGCUGUUGGUUCCAUUUUGCUCGGGCUGUUACGAGAAAAUGGAACUCUCUAAGACUUCCUGAUCGUAAUGCACCUGAACAUCGAAUUCUCAAUUUAACAUGGGUGUUACCAUUAGUCCCAGCGGCCAGGCUUGAGGAAGCUUUGGAAGAGAUCGUUACAUUAUUAAGACCUUUAGAAGAAAAUAAUGAUAAUUUUUAUUUAUUUCGCCGAUAUCUACAAAGAUUUUGGUUACCUCUUGCAGAUAUUAUUUCGGUGUAUAAUACACCUUGGCGAACAAAUAAUAUUUCCGAAGUUUAUAACCUACACCUGUCAUCGAUACUUGGGCCUCAUCCACCUUUAUUUAAAUUCUUACAUCGUUUAAUAGAAAUCAUCAAAGAUGAUGAAAAAAAAUUAAAUCGCUUACUGGGUGGAAUGGACUUUGGGAGAAAUAGGAGACACCGACAAUACCACAUGGACCUUUUUAUUCAAGGCAUUCAGGAAGCUUUAGAAACCAGGAGAUACUCGAUGCUUGAAUUUCUCGAAAUGGCUGCAAUUCGACGUGUAGAAGUCCGGUAUCGUUUAGAUGUAGCCGUAAUGAGACAACAGUACGUAGAUGAUGACUUAAAAAUGGAAGAAGAAGUUUUGCUCGGACAUAUUCGUGAUGUUGAACUACCUGCAGCUAUACAAGCACCAAUAGAUGCAGCAAAUCCGAUUGAUGAUAUCAAUCAUUACGCUGGUGAAAUCAUAAUGGAAAAUCAGCAGGAGGUUGCUCCUUGGAUUCAUGCUGCAACAGCGGGGAUGAUAUUUCCAGAUCAGCCUGCAAUAGAAGGCGCUCAAUGCUAUGCGUGCCUAGUGAAUCAAGCUAAGGCAGUUUUCUGUCCGUGUGGACACUUAUGUUUAUGUUUAGAAUUAUCAUAA